UGGAAUCAGAUUCUUUUGUCGUCAUUUUUAUUUUAUUCCUGAUUUAAAACUUCUGAACCAGUCUCAGUCUACAUCUUAUUUCUUAACCAUCUUUUAAGUAGCUUCAAUUUUAUUUGUUGACUUGUCAAUAAAAUCAACAACCCACCUUUUCUUGCCUACAAUCUAAUAAUUUAAAACUAAAUUUUAUUACGUGACAACUUGGAAAUAAAUAAAAACAAUCAAAAUGCGUGAAAUCGUACAUGUUCAAGCCGGUCAAUGUGGUAACCAAAUUGGUGCUAAAUUCUGGGAAGUUAUCUCUGAUGAACAUGGAAUCGACCCCUCUGGAAGCUAUCAUGGUGACUCUGAAUGCCAAUUAGAAAGAAUUUCCGUUUACUACAGUGAAGCAGGAAAUGCUAAAUACGUACCUCGAGCUGUUUUGGUUGACUUGGAACCAGGGACAAUGGACAGUGUUCGAAGUGGACCUUUUGGUCAACUCUUUAGACCAAACAACUUUGUUUUUGGCCAAUCUGGUGCUGGUAACAAUUGGGCUAAGGGUCAUUAUACUGAAGGUGCUGAAUUGGUUGAUGCAGUACUUGAUGUCGUUCGUAAAGAAGCUGAAUCCUGUGAUUGCUUACAAGGAUUCCAGUUGACUCACUCAUUGGGUGGAGGAACUGGUUCUGGUAUGGGUACUUUGUUGAUCUCUAAAAUUCGGGAAGAAUAUCCUGACCGUAUCAUGAACACUUUCUCAGUUGUUCCCUCACCAAAAGUGAGUGACACUGUUGUAGAGCCUUACAAUGCAACGCUGUCAUUCCAUCAAUUGGUUGAAAAUACUGAUGAGACUUUCUGUAUUGACAACGAAGCACUUUAUGAUAUUUGCUUCCGCACUCUUAAACUGACUACACCAACUUAUGGAGACUUGAAUCAUCUUGUCUCAACCACCAUGUCUGGCGUUACCACUUGCUUACGAUUCCCUGGACAAUUAAAUGCUGAUUUACGUAAAUUAGCCGUAAACAUGGUUCCAUUUCCUAGACUUCACUUCUUUAUGCCUGGCUUUGCUCCUCUCACAAGCCGAGGAUCACAAUCAUACCGAGCUACAUCUGUUGCUGAGCUAACCCAACAAAUGUUUGAUGCUAAAAAUAUGAUGGCUGCUUGUGACCCAAGACAUGGUCGUUACCUGACUGUUGCUGCUGUUUUCCGUGGCCGAAUUUCAAUGAAAGAAGUGGAUGAACAAAUGUUCAACGUUCAAAACAAGAAUUCCUCUUAUUUCGUUGAAUGGAUUCCAAACAAUGUCAAGACCGCAGUCUGUGACAUUCCUCCAAGAGGUCUUAAAAUGUCUGCAACAUUUGUCGGCAACUCAACCGCUAUUCAAGAGCUUUUCAAGAGAAUCUCUGAACAGUUCACUGCUAUGUUCAGAAGAAAGGCUUUCUUGCAUUGGUACACUGGUGAAGGUAUGGAUGAAUUGGAAUUCACCGAGGCUGAGUCAAAUAUGAACGAUUUGAUCUCUGAAUAUCAGCAAUACCAAGAAGCUACAGCUGAAGAUGAAGGAGAAUUUGAAGAAGAAGAAGAAGUUGAAUGAUCAAAUCCAUCGGCUCUAAUAUUAUCAAAAGAUAUUGCAAUUUCGCUUAUUCUAUGAACACCAAAUAGUUUGACUGAUUGCUAAAAAGAGCAGGAAGAAGAAAAAUAUUUAUCAAUACUCAUUCAUUUUCAGAAUCCAACUAUUACACUUUUCAGUUUUCAGGGCAAUUAGCAAUAAAUUCAUGGAUCAAUAACGUUGUCAAACAACGUUUCCAGGAUGAAUAUAAAUUAAGGCACCGAGACUGUAUUUUUUAAAAUAUUUGUUUUAUUUACGGAAUUAUAAAUUAAAAUUUUAGAUAUCUUUCUUGUUUACAA